AAACAAAAUCAAGACAUAUAAUAAUUAGUUUUAAUUAAAUCAUUCUCUUGUACGUAACAAUGGGGUUGUGCAAAUGUCCAAAGCGACGUGUCACCAAUCAAUUCUGUUUCGAGCACCAUGUAAACGUUUGCGAAAAUUGUAUGGUAACAAAUCAUUCCAAAUGCGUUGUCCAAAGUUACAUCCAAUGGCUACAGGACAGCGAUUAUAACGCCGGAUGCCAAUUGUGCAAUUCCGAAAUUACAAACGACGAUUUUGUACGGUUGACUUGCUAUCAUGUUUUUCACUGGUCGUGUCUUCAAUCCAUGGCAGGAAGUUUGCCCCCGAAUGUGGCUCCUGCAGGAUACCGAUGUCCACAGUGUGGAACUGGUAUUUUUCCACAACCUAAUCUGAUAUCACCUGUAGCAGAUAUUUUGAGAGGAAAGUUGGGGUUGGUAAAUUGGGGACGCAGUGGAUUGGGACUUCCUUUGUUGGCUGAAACAAGAGAUCCACCAGAUGGAUGUAAAGUUUCAGUUGAUUUUGACACCAAUAUACAAAAUAGUUCAGAGUAUUCAAAUUCAAAACUACAAAGCAAUAACUUGCGCAGUCAAAACACCAAACCAAUAGUCCACUCUUCAGAUAAUUUAAACAACACGCAACACAAUUAUAGUAAUUUUUACUCUGCUAACAGCCAAAUGAGGAGAUCUUCGAACCGACCAACACCCAUAGGAAGAGUAUUAGAUUCUGAUGAUGAUAAAUAACGUAGAAGCCCCAAAGAAAUGCUGACAAGAUUUAUUAACAGAGCCGCAUGCUUUUCACCAGUCAAAAAGCAACGGUUUCUUACAUUUAUUCUUGUCAUUAUUAUUUUUGUAUCAGUCAUUAUGAUUCUAAAAGAAUUGAGCCACAGGAGCAACACGGAUGACGGACAGUUUGAUUUGGAAAAUGAACCAAAAGUUGUUGUUGGUGAUGUGUGAUAAUAGUAAGACGGGGGAGUGCAUGAGUAUUAAAGACAAUGAGAAGGAUUUAAUUGAUUA